CGGCUUUGCGGUCUGUGUGCUUUGCUCCGCCCGCCCGCCCGCGCGCGAUCUUCGCGAGAAGAGGCUCGGUACUUGGGGUUUGACGCUGUUUUUGCAGAGUACAGUCAGUGAAGGAGCCUGAGGCUUCCAGAGGGCUUGAGCUUGAACCCACUUUUCUUCUGACUGCUAGAGGGCUAUGCUUUAACUGCCCCUUCUCCACAGGCCUGGUGUCAUCUGUCCGGAGAGAGAGAGAACAAUGCAGAAAGACACCGGCUCUCUAGUGCCUUUCCAUUAUGUUGGCUUUGGCUAUGCUGCACUGGUUGCGACUGGUGGCAUCGUGGGGUACGCGAAAGCAGGUAGUGUACCGUCCCUGGUUGCUGGACUCUUCUUUGGGGGCUUAGCAGGCCUUGGUGCUUACCAGUUGUCUCAGGAUCCCAGGAAUGUGUGGGUUUUUCUAGCUACAUCUGGGACCUUGGCUGGCAUCAUGGGAAUGCGAUUCUACAACUCUGGGAAAUUUAUGCCUGCGGGGUUAAUCGCAGGUGCCAGUUUGCUGAUGGUGGCCAAACUUGGAAUUAACAUGUUGAGUAAACCCCAUCCGUAAUAAUCACAUCCCAGCUUGGUUGGCCUCAGGAAGAAUUGAAACUGUCGAAACUUCCACUGUUUUCAAUGUACUAGGAGAAGGAAGUGCAGCACACCUAUUCUGACAUUUUACCUUAUAAGCAGAACACAGAAAGAAAUUACACUGACCCUAGUGGUGAAGAAGUGGACAUUGACCUCUGCAGCCCUUCAUGGGGGCAGGCAUCUGAACCCCAAAGUUUGAGGAUGCCUCAUGAGAUUCUUCUAUGUUCCAUCUGUUAUGAUGUCCUAUUUUCUGUAUCAGCAGAUAAAAAUCUUGGGGUAGAAUGAGACGUGUCUGCACACUGGGGGCACUAAAGCAGCACAGGCUGCUCAGGACAAGUGAAAACACAAAUCUGACGUGAGGUUAAUGAUGUAUAUUCUCUUGAGGCUCAUCUAGAGCACAGCCCUGCAAUGGAAAUAAAGUUUACCAUGACAAUGUU